AUGGCCUGCUGCUUGGCGUCUGUAUUCCUGCUGCUGCAGCUGCUGGCGCCAAAAGUUCAUACCUAUGGACCACACUCUCUCCCCUUGGGUCUGGGCACUCCCAAACUCCGUAGUGAGGAAUGGGAGAGAAUCAAGCUCGGGGGACUGCAGCCUGCCUGUCCCUCACCAGGGUCUGCGAGCUCCACCGGCGGGAAUCGCUGCGUGGCCGCGGCCGAGGCGUGCACAGCAGACGCGCAGUGCCAGCAGCUGCGCUCGGAGUACGUGGCACGAUGCCUGGGCCGGGCGGCGCCCGGGGACUGGAGCGGACCCGGGGUCUGCGUGCGCUCCCGCUGUCGCCGUGCCCUGCGCCGCUUCUUCGCCCGUGGGCCUCCGGCGCUCACGCAUGCGCUGCUCUUCUGCGGGUGCGAGAGCCCCGCGUGCGCCGAGCGCCGGCGUCAAACCUUCGCUCCGGCCUGCGCGUUCGCGGGCCCCGGGCCGGCGCCGCCCUCUUGCCUGAAGGCCCGGGACCGCUGCGAGCGUAGCCGCCUGUGCAGGCCUCGUCUCCUUGCCUUCCAGGCCUCGUGCGCUCCCGCGCCCGGCUCCCGCGACAGCUGCCCGGAGGAGCGGGGCCCGCGUUGUCUGCUCGCCUACGCAGGCCUCAUAGGAACUGCAGUCACCCCCAACUACCUGGACAACGUGAGCGCGCGCGUCACGCCCUGGUGCAGCUGUGGGGACAGCGGAAACCGGUUGGAAGAGUGUGAAGCCUUCCACAAGCUCUUUACAAGGAAUCCGUGCUUGGAUGGUGCCAUGACAGCCUUUAACAUCUUGUGGCCCUCAAUUCUGCAGGACUGGAUGAACCCGUAUCAGAAUACAGGGCACCGUUUCCCACAGGCCAAGGUGGGGACAUGA